AUUUAUAAAGAACCCUGAUCCAAAACCGUUACGUCAUAUCUGAAAUUAACCCCUAAAAUGAAGAACUGCAUUUUUCAGCCGCAGAGGUGGGACAACCACCACCGCAACAUCGUGCCACCACUAGCGUGCUCGCGUUUCGCGAUGAAUGGUGAAAAAUCGCAGAGAAAACAUGCUUAACAAUAAAAAAGAAGAAAACCAGCAGCUAACGCUGGCUGAUUGAUAUAACGAGGCAGCGGCGUAAGAGACAAAAAUUAUAACUUAGUGUAGAGAAAAAAUCGCUCUUUGCGAAGAAAAAUCUGGUGGCGAAUUCUUGGCGAUUCGAUGAGCAACAUAAACAUAAACACAGUGCCCAGGCCGAGUCCGAAUGCUAAUGGGAAUCCAGAUCGAAAUCCAAAUCAAAAUCGUAAUGUCGAUUCCGAAGAGGAGGAGGAGGGCGAUGGCCGUAUGAGCGACAGCGGAAGCAGCACAGCCAGCAGCCAAAGGAGUCGCAGUUCGAGCAGCAGUUCCUCGAACUCCUCAAGCGGUUCGCUGGAGGAGGAUCCAGAUGGCGAGGAUGAGGACAUGUCCGACCAGGACGCGGCUAGUGGCUCGGAAACGGAGGACGAUACCACCACCUGCCAAUCGGAUGAACUGGAAUUGGCCCAACUGAGUAGAACGGAUAUUUUCCGGUUACCCAGGGGUUUGUGUGAGAACUCGGCCAUUUUCCACGAGUUCUUCUCUUUGGAAACCUGGCAGCUGUUGCCCCAUCAUUUCCAGGCCCGCCUGCAGCCCAUGUUGCCGGACUUUUCCGGUUUGGUCUCUGGUCAAGCGCAGGCCAACGCCGAACAGCAACGAACUCUGGUGCAGCUCUUCAACGGAGGCCUGCAGCGAUUUGGUCAAUCCCCGCUGCUUCAACUGCAACGACACCUGGAGGAAGGCAACCUGCGACCGGAUGUCCUGCAACUUCGGAAAAGCAUCCAGCACUCAAGCAGAAGAGAAUUCCGUUUUCAGCAGGCCGAACGCGUCAGCCAGUUGGCCAAGGAGCUAUUCUUGUCAAGGGAACAGCUACUCCAGGAUGCCUAUUCCGCCGCCCCGCCCUCCGAGGGCGCCUUUGGCAAAUACCUGCCUCGGCCACGACCCCGCAAGAGGAAGCAGCCCAUGCUGUCUAUGGAGAACAGAUUUUGCUCACAGCGAGCCAAGAAACGCUAUGCUCAGGAGCUUCUGGAGCUCUUCGGGGACGUGGAGGCGAAACCCGGCGAUAUCAGUGCCGAGGAGGAGGACGAGGAAUGCGCCCAGUUGAUGGACCGACUGGCCAGGGAACCGCAACAAUUCAAGCUGGAGGAGCCCAAGGCUCCUGAGCCGGUGGGUCCUGGCAGACCCUCAAAUGCAGCAGACAAAAAAAGCAUUUACAACACCUUCUUCAAGCGGCGACCGGGUGUGGAUGAUGACCUUGUGCUGCGUUCCAUGCAGGCGGAGAGAAUUCCUCAGCUUAACGACAAGAACUUCCGAAAGUAUUUGAGAGACUAUAAGCGCCGGAAAUUGGAGCAGCCUGAGAGUCCCGAGUUUGAUACAUCAGAGGUACGUCUGCGCGAUAUCUGCACUCGUGCCCAGUUCGUGGGAAGCUUCAAACCAGGCCGAAAACCCAAAGCGCUUAUGGCCCGACUCAAUCCCGAUCCACCUGCCCUGGUGCCUAUUGGAGUGACGCCGACUAAGAGCGAGUUUGUGGAUGAGGAGCCCAUGCUCUUGGAUGAGCCGCAGCAACUGUACGGCCGCCGUGCGCCGGAGGACCAGCCAGAGGAGCACCUACCCCCCAAGGAACCUCUUCUUAUGCCAAAGAAAGUAAUACCCGCAACAGUUAUUCCCCCUCAUCCUGUGCCCAAGCUAGAGCCUUUGAAUGGACCCAUAGCCAAUCCUAAGGCGAGUCCUACACCGCAUAAUAUCGCAAGUAGUUCCGCAAGUGCGGCUCCUUCAACUGCUGGCCACGUUACCGGCAGUCCCACCCGGGAAAUGCUGAUUCGUCCGCCAGCCUCACCUCGUCCCGCCUCCUUCUUCUCGCUGCUGAGAGACCUGUUUGUAUCCACACCCCAACACCGGCUUACCUACGGAGAACUGCAAAUCCUGUUAUCCAGCUGGCGAGAAAUCAACUCAGAUGCAUCAAUACCGACCGGGGAAUGGCCGAGAAUCGUGCUAGAUUGGUCAAAGUUGCUGCAAUCAGCUGUCAACUUCUUGUCAGGUGACUUUGGCGCCGUUCCGGUGGAAUAUGUUCCCUACAUUGAGCACAAAACUCAGCUGGGAAUCUACCAAUGGAUAGGCGCUGGGCGGGAUUCGGAUGCGAGACUCCUCGGCCUGUGUCAGUGUUGGUUGAGAACCCAAAGGGAUGAGCAGUCGCAACUCAGUCCGGUUUCAAACUUAAAUGCUCAUCUCAAUGCAUUGGCGGAUACAACGCCAACUCCUCCGCCAAGAUGCCCCACCACCUGGACAGUGCGUUCAGCCAGCCAGGCGGAGAUCCAAGAGUUCCAGCGGCAGGAGCGGAUUCGUUUCGAGUAUCCGCAUCGUCCGUUCACCUAUCGCCUCAAUGGGUAUGAGAGCGUGGUGGGUCCAGUCAAGGGAAUCUAUACCCAAAGUUUGCCACUGAACAAAGCUAGAGGUCAUGCUGUCAUGGUGGAUGACCGACCUCCGUUUGUCACCAUCCUGACCCUGGUGCGAGAUGCCACUGCUAGGUUGCCGAAUGGAGAAGGAACCCGCGCUGAGAUCUCCGAGCUGCUUAAGUGCUCCCAGUACGUCAGUCAACAAGCAGCGGACAACGUUCUUCAGACCAUUGUGAGCGGAGCCUUGGAUCGCAUGCACGGUGGUCAGGAUCCUUGUGUUAAAUACGACGCCAGGCGGAAGAUUUGGAUUUAUUUGCACCGGAAUCGCAGCGAGGCAGAGUUCGAGAAAAUGCACAGACAUAACCAAACCAUGGUGAAACAAAAGCAGCAGCAGAGGAAACAGCUGACCAGGCCAAAAAUAUCUGAUGGUGCUGAAGGCUCAGGAGUUGUGGCGGAGCUGCCAAAGGAGCAAAUACCCGCCUUGGUUCCUGCAGUCGUAUCCCCAAUUCCAGUUUCAGUGCAACUUCCAGUGGGUGCAUCUCUGCAAGUGAAGAAACCAUUGGCCGUUAAAUGUCCCCCAGUACCGCCCUUAAAAUACCAUGUACCACCUGGUACGCCCAGUGCGGGAAAGAUAAUAGCAUCCCCCUCCAAUCCCAACCCGAUUCCAGGCUCCCUGCAGCAGGUUCAGAAAUCUCUGCUCAAACCCGUAGGCGUACCCAGUCCUGCUCCCGUACAGCGGCAGCUAGGCACACCCAAAACUGGCAACUUUGCGAUCUCUAAGAUCAGUCCGACACGGAAUACUACGCCAAUACUGGUGUCCACUCCCAGUGGACUGCAAACUGUUCAUGUAGCAACUACUCCACAAUCAGUGGGAUCCGCGCAACCUGCCGUGGCCAAGAAGCUGACCAUCAAGAAGCCCGCACCCAGCAACAAGAUAGGAAACUUUAUCAUCCCAAUGGAGCAGCAGCAAGGCGUUCAGCAGCAGCAGCAGCAGGGUCAGAAUGUGAAGGUGCAACCCAUUGCCGGGAAACCGAAAGCUCUCACUAUCACCCCGCGACCCCAGAUGCCGAAGAACAUUAUCCGCCUGCUGCCCGCUGGAGGAGCCACGAUAACUGGAAAUGCGGCAACGAGUCCCAAGCCCACAUCCGUGCAAAUCCUCGGGCCUCGCGUGGUGCCGCAAUCGCAAACAGUGCGACCGGUACAGCAAAAAAUCGGAGCCGUAUCUAUUGUGGCCAGCAAACCGGUGACAAGCAUUUCCGCCACAGAAACUGCCAAUCCCGUGGCCAUCACAACGAGCUCUCCUGUUACAGGAGGCGGAACAAUCGUGAAGAUGUCGCCACAGGCAUUCGCCAGUCUUCAGCAGCAACAGCAGCAGUUAAAACAGAAGGUAAACAGCACAAGUCCAGCCCUGAACUCGCCGCAGCAAAGGAUCAUUGUUGGAAACACGGCCAUAUCCUCGAAUAAGAAGAUUGUAUUCCAGUCGCUGACGAAGGCAGCACCUAAAAUACUCACCACAUCGCCCAGUGGGUCGGUGGCAAAGGCAGCCACCAACUCUUCAUCGCCGCAGCAGAGAAUUGUUCUGCAAAACUUCAAGCAACCGGUAGUGGGCACCAGCCAAUCCGGUGCCAUAGCGGCACUCGGAGGAAAUGCCACGCGGGUGAUUCGAGCUACUCCAGCUGCAGCUGUCGGAUCUGCAGGAGUUGCAGGAGGUGGGAACUCCCAACCAGCCGGUCAAAUCAUCACUUUAGACAGUCUGCUACAGAAACAACCCGCUGGAGGAAAACUUCUCACCACCACUGGCAAUAACAUCUUCCAGCUGGCCACAUCCACGUCGGGAAAUGUGAUCACCCUUAAUCCCAGCCAGCCCAAGCAGUUGCCAACGAUGUCACGCAUUGUCAGUGCGACCACUACGACCCCGACUUCUACCGGUGUCUCGACUGUAGUGCCAAAGAUCAUUGGCAAGACGACGGUGCUGCCGGGAAAACCUUUGCUUUUGCACGCCAAGACAUUAAAACAGGUCGGCAGCGGCAGUGCUGCCUCAACCCAGACCACCACAACCGCAACAACAUCUGUGAGUUCAGCGUCGGUAGGAGCAGGUGGAGCAGUCGUUUCCGGCGGAGGAGCGGCAAACACUGCCGUUCGAACGACACAGAACAUUGUGAUUGGCGGUCAGACCGUGAAGCUCCAAGGAGCGAUCUCUGCGCGAAACGCCGGUGCACCCGUUCAGACCGUCAUAAUGGGCAACCAAUUGCUGAGACUGGCCACCAGUGGUAGCAACACUACAACCAAUUCCUCUGGCAGUUUGGCAACGGCGCCAAAGACAUUGCUAAUUGGCGCAGGAGGCACUCAGACGCUGCGCCUGGCCAAGAAUGUGCUAGUGGCCAACAAGCAAAUCAGCAGCACGGUAAACAGCAGCUCAACGUCAGCAUCUCCAGCUGCGUCAGCGACCGGUGCGGCUAAUAACAAUCUCGUGUUUGCCGUGCAAGGCAACGGAGGCCAGCUCUUCUUUUCGCCAGGACUACAGAGCAUGAACAUUAAACCUCUUUCCAGCCUAAAAGUGAUACCCAUGGCCACGCCAUCGGCAGCCGGAACGUCGGCAUCUGGAAAAAUCUCGGUAACGACGGUGGCCGCAGAGACGGGAGCAAAAGCACUGACCACCAAACUGAUUCCGGCCACGGUUCUCAAAACGGCCACUGGGAGUGGCAACUAGGAGGCUCAGGAGCGGAGAGGCUAGUUAACCUCGUUGUUUACCCUUCCUUGGUUUAACUUUCUUCGAUUUUGUUCAAAUAACCCGUGUAAUUUAUCUAUGUAGGCAGAAAGUUUGCUAAUAUUGCUUCGUACUAAGUAAAAAUGAUGGACGCCGAUAGAAAUGUCCCAUCCAGCAACCAAUUUUACGGAACAGUUUAUAAAAUAAUAUAUAUGUAUAGAGACACUCAAUAAAACUCAGAUGAAACCAGAAA